GCACGUAAUAAGUCAAUCUGACAACCUUCCCGGCAUGCACUGCGGCUCGCGAAUCUCCAAAUACAACAGCGCGUGACAAGUUGUCAACUUCAUAAUUGUGAGCGCCGUCAAACUUCAUAACAUAAGGAAGAUGUAUUGGCUCCCUAAUCUAACAGCAUUGUGAGGAUGACGAGGGGAAAGUGGAAGGACCGAGUGAAGGCAGUGGAGCAGAGGGCUCUAUCCUACCAAUCCGCCCCCAUCAGCUGCCCGUAUAAAGCUCGUCUGUCCCGGCCGUGGCAGCCGUCCUCUAUAUGGAGGCUGUUCCCUCGCCAGAGCGACGCCAUCACCUUCAGCCAGCGAUGCAGACAGGACGUGCAUGUGUUUGCUCUGGAGAAAGAGAGCACAGAGGCAGGACACAGGGUUUAUUUAGUGACCAGCUACAGUGAGCUCUGGCACUAUUACAGUUCGCACAGACAGUCGCUGAUGCACUGUUAUGAGGUGAUUCCAGAGGGCGCUGUCUGCAAGCUCUACUUCGACCUGGAGUUCGACGUAGCCUCUAACACACACCUGGAUGGCACAAGGAUGGUGGCGUCAUUGAUUCAGUAUGUGUGUGUGAAGUUGGAGGAGGUGUACGGCCUGCAGUGCUCGACAAAAGACGUGCUGAAUCUGGACUCCAGCACAGCCGAGAAGUUCAGCCGCCAUCUCAUCUUCCUGCUCCCCGACUGUGCGUUCAAGGACAACAGGCAUGUUGGCAAUUUCAUCCAUCACAUACUCAAACCAGCGCUGAAAUACCUCCAUAAAAGCUCUGAGAACCCUCCGGAAGACGUCGACGAUGACAGCGAGGGUCCUCAGUCGAAGAGAACAAAGCGUGACGAGGAAGACCUGGACUUUUUGAUGGUGAAGAGGAAGGAUGGACAAAAGCAGCUCUUUGUGGAUCUCGGUGUGUACACCAAAAACCGAAACUUCCGCCUGUACAAGUCUUCCAAGCUGGGAAAGAACGCUGCCUUCUCCGUAGCGCAGGAUAACGAGUUUGUUCCAAAGUCCAACCAGCACACUACGGAGGAGCAACGCAUAUUCCUAGCCUCUUUGAUCAGCAACGUGAGCUUCACGUCUCAGAGGAUUCUGACGUGCGACGCUCCGGAGAAGACUUCAAACGAAUCCCGGUGUUCGCCUCGACCCAGAGACCCGCACGGCACAGAGCUCGUAGGGGAACAUCAGGCUUCGCCGUACAAGGAACUGGACGACUUUGUGCUGAAGCUGGUGAAGAGGGACGGCGUUGAAGGAAACAUUAGGCGCUGGACGUACUUCGUGUCGGAGCAGCUGCUGGUCUACGACGUGGGGAAGUUCCGCUGGUGUGCUAACGUAGGUCGCUUCCACAAGAGCAACAACAUCAUGAUCAUCGUAGAUCUGAAAGAAGAGGUGUGGUACCAAAGGUGCCAUGAUCCUGAGUGCAGGAGGCAGAACUACAGAUCCUCUAGUUACGCACUACCACAGGAGGCGUGUAUGAGCUACAUGCUGAAGGAGGACGAGGACGAUCAGCAGUUCCUCAUGGACGAGCUGGGAAACAUCGAGUUGGGUCCGGGCUGCGUCGCUUCAGGAGUGGGCGGGGAAACGGACCGAUCCGCAUCACGCCCCCAGACGGAGAAUGCACAGGACUGUUGGGAUGAUGAUGAUGAUGAUGAUGAUGCUUCGUACCUGGAGGCGUUGGAUGAAGUGGAGAGGGUCAUGAAGGAAAAGGAGGAGAUUCCUGACGAGCUCAUGAUCCAGGCGUUGACCGAGUGCGAGACUACACUCGUCUGAGUUCCUUUCCACACUGUGCGUCUGAAACGGAGAAUAGAAGAAAAAAAAAAUGGUUAAAUGUUAUACAGUGGUAGGAUUUUCUAUAUUUCUGCAUAGAUAUGAUCACACGAGUCCUAAAAGUAGACAAAGAGAAUCCAAUUAAACCAACGAGACAAAAAUAAUAUACUCAGUCAUUUAUUUAUUGAGGAAAAAUGAUCCAAAACUACAUAUCUGUGAGUGGCAAAAGUAUGUGACCCUUCGCUUUCAGUAUCUCUGGGAUGGUGGUGGGUUUCAGGUUCUUCCACAACAUUUCUAUUGGAUUAAGGUCAGGACUUUGCAUCCAUCCUACCCUUCAUUAUGUUAAUAAUGUGACAGUCAUUAUAAAAUAAGUGCCUAUUUAUGAAAUGAAAAGGGCAUCAUGAAAAACUCGUGGCAAUAAGAAACAACUCGUGAAGUAAGCGUGUCGCAGAAAUACAUGUCAUUAUUGAAUAAAUGUCAUUAUGAAAGAUGCCUCAUUGUGACAUGAAAAAGGGUCAAAUUUUCUACAUUAUUAUGAAAUAAAGGCAAACUGAAAGAUA